AACAGAGGAAGAAGAUGAUAGUGAUACUGGUCUGUGCCAUCGCUCUUUUGGCGAUUGGCAUCAUAGGCAUUGCAUACGCGAUGGACGCUUUUGGAGGAUCCAAGGACAGCGAUGAUGACGGCGGCGAUAGUACACCUGACUAUCCCUAUGACGUUAGCGGCGGUGGUGCCUCCAGCAGUGAUAGUCAGCCACCGAUUCCGGCACCAACACCAAGGCCACCGCCACCCCCAACAACAACAACAACAACAACCCAGGCCCCUCUGCCAGACACGCCCAUCCUGUGCACAUUGAGCAGGGCAGUGGCCAGCUACCAAUAUCCACCGCCAAACACCUGUAAUUUAAUCUUCAUCACACAUGUCUACUGCGAGAAUUUUAAAGACGCCUCGCCACGUGUUCAGGGCAUCUUGACAACUCCGUUCAACUUCUUCAAGAAGAUGGCCCUCGACCCGAAAUAUGGCCAGACCAGAUUUGGAAUUUCCGUUCAUGAAAGAUAUGCCACCGAGUGUGGAACAACUUUCAACACCGACGCUGAGCUCUCGGCACUCUACGACGCCAAUAUCAAGCACUAUGGUCUUCUCAGUGUCACCCUCCAACCUGACCAAUCGGUGAUCAACCUAUUGCAGAGAUUCAAAGCGGUACAGAAGAGCAAGAACCCGGAGUAUGGUUCCGUCGUCAUUGGAAUUCGAGGAAAAUACGGCCUGGCACCAAGCUUCGGUUCCUGGAUUCAAGCUGUUAAAGACAAAGGGUACGACAUCAUUGUCCUUCAUACUCACAUAAGCAGUUGGAACGUCACCGGAAUGACCGGAACAUCAGGUGCCAGCAGUUGGACAAGCACAACCCAUGCAUACGCUUCCAUGAUUGAUGUUAUUGUCUCUGUCAAUCCAACUGCUUUUUCUACCAACGCAACGUUCAUGCUGAGUCUAACCAUGGGCGUCCAGACUUUCCAGAUGAAGAAAACUGAUAGCGUCACUCAACUGACCAUAAAGCCAUUGAGCGCUACUAUGAGUAGUUUUGCAGAGACAUGUGCUUCAGGUUUGACGGCCAAAACUGAGGAUCUCAUCUCUCACUUCAUGAUCACUGGAAGUACUACGACACACGUCCAGUACAUUUACGACAGCAGUGACACCAUAAAGACGAAGGGUAACAAAGUGAAAGAAGCGAUAACGCAGAUGGGGAUAAAAGUAAAGCGAGGCUGGGCCAUCUUCGACGUUGAACUUGACGACCCAGCGAACGUUUGUAAGAAGUCACGCUCCUUCGACAGGCUAAUCGAAGUGGUGACCGCCUUGGGCAAGAUGCGCUGAUCGGCUCAUUCUAGCGAGACCCAAUAAAGUGGGAAUUGUUCA